AUAUUUAAAGAUUUGAGAAAAAUUAAUUCAGUGUAACUUAUAUUUUUCGUGUGCGUGUGUUCCUUACUAUCCGUAUGUAUUGACACAAACAAAAAAAUCAGCCUAGAUUAGCAUGGUGGUUUUGAAAUAUAACAAAAACGUGUAUAACAGUAAACUUUCGUUACUGUCGCUUUUAGCGUUUCUUGACUUGUAACGUUCUAUAUUUAACAUGUAAUUGUAAAGUUUGGUUGUAAAUUAGAUUCAAAACAUUCAUACAUGUAUUAACAAUGUGAUUACACAUUCAUGCAAGAUUUAUAUAAUACAUUGGAUAUUUUAACUCCACUUUAUUUAAUGUCGCCAAUGUUUGUCAUGUUCAUUAAACCUUCGUUAAUCAAUUUUUAAAUGAUAGGAUUUUUAUUCAAAAUGGCAAAAGAAUCACGGCAUGUGAUGUUUAAUGCUUUAUAUGACCAUCACAAAUAUCGGAAAUAAAUUAACAUUAUACUAGAGUAAACCAAUAAAUCAUAAUUUUCUCCUAAAAAUACAUAUGUUGUUUGAAAAGUAAAUAAAAACACCUUCGUGACAGCGUGUUUAAAUCAAAACUAUUCUUAUCCUUAUAUCCGUGAUGUUCCUGAUACAAAGUGCCUAAUAUAACAAAAAAAUACGAGUGAUCUGUACAACAUUCAUAUAAUAUUUUUGCACUUACGAAAGCAAAACCUGCGGUAAUUUAAACCUUCGAUACAUAAAUAUUCGUUACCCUAUUACAAAUGCCCACACAAAUCGAGAAUAGAGUAAUUGGUUCAUAACUAUGACGUCAUUGCAAUCUUAUGAUGUCACACGAUAUUGGAAUCUACCACGAGACUGCCCAGGAAGUCUGAAAGUCUGGAAAAUUCCGCGCGUUGUAAACAAAAGAUCAAUGGGGAAAAGCAGAGCUGAAAUACAAAAGGCUUAUCGCCAACGAUUGAAAGAAAAGAAUGCAGAGGAAUACUUGAGGAAAGAAAGAGAACGUAUGAGACGAAACUAUAUACCAUCACAUGAACUUUCUGAGAAUGAUCGAAAAUUGAGAAAUGAAAAGAACCGUGUGAAGCUUAGACGAUUUAUUCAACGUAAAAGAGAAGAAAGACAGCGAAAUAGUACUGUUGAUCUUGAAACAAGUGGAUAUGAGAGUGCAGAAACAAGUUCAUCUCAAGAUAGGGGGCGCUUGAGAGUGCGCAUGAGUUUUCCUUCAAACAAAAGAAAAGGUGCUUUGAAACGAUGGAAAAGAGAAAUGUCACAAGCAAAUGCUCGAAUAAAGCAACUUGAAGAAGAAAGAAUUGCAAUUCAAAGAAAGCUUAAAACAGCACAAAAAUCAAUACAAAGACUGAAGAAAAGUAGUGUAAGCAAAGCCCCCGCAGAAGAUACUCCGAGAAAAAUAACAGAACAAAUCAUGAAUGAAGCAAACCUUUUACCAGAUCAGAGGGCGAAAGUGAAGAAGCACCUUAUGUUGGGAAAUGUUGUUUUGAAAGAAAUAAGAAACGCAAAAGAAAAUACCAAAAGAAGUUGUAUAAAAGCAAUUCACAGAAUUGUAUCUGGGAAAAUAGUAAAAAAAUACAGGUGCGCCGAUUUACUGAGGAAAACAACAGGCUUAUGUAGACAUAGGUUGGGAAAAAGUGACAACAAAAACCAUCAAAUUGCAAAAGCAACAAGAAAUAGUAAGGUUAAAAAACAUCAAAAAGUUGUUGAGGAUUUCCUUAGGAGAGAAGACAAUAGUAAAAUGCAGCCAGGUAAACAGGAUACAAAGACAAUUAAAAAAGGUGAAAAAGUUCAGACUUAUAUUCUAUCUGACUACUUAACAAACUUGUAUGCAAAAUUUAAGGCGGAAAAUCCAACAAUCAAUAUUUUCUUUACGUCGUUUUGUAGGUCUCGACCAAAGUAUAUCUUAACCACUGCUUUUUCAAGUCGGAGUAGUUGUCUCUGCACUAAACAUCAAAAUGCUUCCCUGACGCUUAAAGCUCUUAGAAGAAAAAAUAUUGAAAUACCAGUUAAUCCUGAAAAGGCAAUUCAGCAGCUACCAAGUGAUGAAAAGGUCAAAAAUGAUUUAAAAAACGAAUCAGUAACUUUUAUGCAAUGGAAAAGAAUUGAAGUUGAAGAAAAGGGGAAGAAAAAGUAUGUGACAAAACUAAUAGAAUCAAACCUAAAUAGUGAACUGUUCUUUGAACAUUAUAAGAAACAAAUGGAUGAUUUUAGUCAACAUGUUAACAGAGUUAGGAUUCAAUAUGAGCAAAUACGAGCAUUGAAAGAAACACUUCCAAAACACGAGAUGAUUUUACAACUCGAUUUUGCAGAAAAUUAUACUUGUAAAUCAAUGGAAGAGGUACAAAGCGCGUACUUUAAUCAAACUAUGGUUACCCUACAUCCUAUUGUAGCAUACUAUCGCCUAGAAAGUGGCAGCCUAGAACACAGAAGCUUUAUUAUAGUAUCAGAUGAAAUGAGUCACAAAGCCUCGACAGUUUUGACUUUUAUUAGUGAAAUUAUGCCACUCCUGAAAGAAAUAGACCACAACUUGUUGCGAGUCCAUUAUUGGAGCGAUUCUCCAACAAGUCAAUAUAGAAAUAAACAUAUUUUUGAUAUGGUUGCCAAUCACAAAGAAAUAUACAAUAUUAAAGCCCGUUGGAAUUAUUUCGAGGCCGGCCACGGUAAGGGCCCGUGCGACGGGCUUGGCGGCACCUGUAAGCGGUUGGCUGACGUAGCUACGAGGAGCGGAAAAGUUGUUAUACAAGACGCUAAAGCAUUCUUUGACUGGGCCACACAGUCCAGCAUGAAUAACGUAACAUUUCGAUAUGUGUCAUCGGAGCGUUGUUUAGAAACAGAGGUAGAACAAGAAAAGAAGAAAAUAAAGUCAGUGAAAGGAACAAUGAAAAUCCAUUCAGUAGUUGGCGUUGGUGAAUCAACAAUACAAACGAAAGAUGUUAGCUGUUAUUGCAAUACAUGUGUCUCAGGUACCGUUUGUGACAAGUGGGGUGAAAAGGUCAAAACAUCCGACAUAACAAUUACGGAAAAUAUCACAGAAGAAUCUUUAUCAAAUUAUGAUGCUUCAACGAGUGAAGAUCCUAAAGAUAAACACUAUAAUGUAGAUGAGUAUAUUGCGGCUAUUUACGAGAGAAAAUGGUAUAUAGGCAAAAUAACUGAAAUUGACAAUGAUGACGAAGAGUUAGAAGUAAACUUUUUAGAGAACAAGAAACAGCUUUUUCAGUGGCCACGAAGAUCAGAUAGUCUUUGGAUUAAGAAAAGCGCAAUAUUAUGCAAAAUUUCAACUCUAGAGGCAACUGGAAAAUCUAUGAGAAUGUACAAAUUACAACAAGAAGAUAAAGAAAAUAUCAUUAAAUGUUAUGAUAAGGUGAUGUUGAGUGAUGAUUAAUUUAAAAAGUGAUGUUGAAUGAUGAUUAAUUCAUAACAGUGACAUAUAUCCGUCUUCAUGUAAAAUACAUUUUGAUCCAAGCAAAACAGUUGUAUAAAUCAAGAAACAUGUUAUAAAAAUACAAUACUUAUAAAGAUAAUUUAAUGAAACACUAA